CUUUUUCUUUUGAACCGCAAAUCUGCAAACAAACCGUGAGAGGAUCCGCUGCGGAGCCAGAGAUGGAGGCCCAUGCUCUUCGAGGCUUCCCAUGUCCCAGCAAUGCACACGUCGACACCCACCAUCCCACACUACCCCGUAUCCGUAUCCACCACCCGCUAUCCUCGCCGGAAAUUAGUCAACGCAUCUUUCGUGUUUCUCAUUCAACCACAAACAAACGACGUCGCCACUUCCGCAUCGGAGCUCUUCACCGGAGGAGUCCGGAGGAGGAGAGUACAAGCGUAGGUGAAGUUCGGCAGAGCAGACGAGAUGUUCUGGUGAUGCCGUUUAUUGCGAUCGGAGCUUAUGUGCUCCGAUCGACAGUAGCUAGGGCGGAUGAGAAAGUAGCGACUGAAACUCAGGUUGCGCCAAUUGCAGUUACGGAGACGAAGACGAAGACGGAAGCGGUGCCGGCGGCGCCGGCGAAGGUAGAGGUGAAGAAGGAGGAGGUGAUUAAUUCAAGGAUUUAUGAUGCGACUGUGAUUGGAGAGCCUAUGGCUGUCGGGAAAGACAAAGGGAAAAUAUGGGAGAAGCUGAUGAAUGGUCGGAUAGUUUAUUUAGGGGAAGCGGAGCAAGUACCGACUCGAGAUGACAAGGAAUUGGAGGUUGAGAUCCUGAGGAGUCUAACUAAGAAGUGUGCGGAGGCGAAUCGCCAGAUUACAUUGGCUCUGGAAGCAUUUCCAGCUGAUUUGCAACAACAACUCGAUCAAUUCAUCGAUAAAAGAAUUGAUGCAGAGACCUUAAAGCCUUUUGUGUCAAACUGGCCACCUCAACGUUGGCAGGAAUACGAGCCUCUUCUAAGCUACUGUCGUGAUAAUGGAGUCCGCAUAGUUGCAUGUGGUACACCACUUAAGAUCCUGAGAACUGUUCAAGCUGAUGGGAUCCGUGGGCUUUCAAAGGCUGACCGGAAAACUUACGCCCCUCCAGCUGGUUCAGGUUUCAUUUCAGGAUUCACAUCAAUCUCACGAAGAUCAUCAAUGGAAACAAUUUCCAUAAAUCAAUCCAUCCCAUUCGGCCCAAGCUCAUAUCUUUCUGCACAAGCCAGAGUUGUUGAAGAGUACACCAUGUCUCAGAUCAUUUUACAAGCAGUAACAAACGGAGGAGCUUCAGGAAUGCUGGUUGUAGUGACCGGUGCGACCCAUGUUGCUUACGGGUCAAGAGGAACCGGAGUACCCGCAAGAAUUGCAAGAAAAAUGCAAAAGAAGAAUCAAACAGUCAUAUUACUUGAUCCUGAAAGACAAUACAUAAGACGUGAAGGUGAAGUUCCUGUUGCUGAUUUCUUAUGGUAUUCUGCUGCAAGACCAUGCACCAGAAACUGCUUUGAUCGUGCUGAAAUUGCUAGAGUCAUGAAUGCAGCUGGCAGGAGACGUGAUGCAUUGCCACAGGAUAUUCAAAAAGGAUUGGAUCUUGGUCUUGUAUCUCCAGAAGUGCUUCAGAAUUUCUUUGAUCUUGAACAAUACCCUCUUCUUUCAGAGCUGAGUCACCGUUUCCAGGGUUUCAGAGAAAGAUUAUUAGCAGAUCCAAAGUUUUUAAACAGAUUAGCCAUAGAAGAAUCAAUAUCAAUAACCACUACUCUCCUUGCACAAUACCAGAAACGAAAAGGAAAGUUCUUUGAAGAAAUCGACUAUGUGAUGACAGAUACAAUCAGAGGAAUAGUGGUUGAUUUCUUUACAGUAUGGCUUCCAGCUCCUACACUCUCAUUUCUUUCAUUUGCUGAUGAUGAUGAUGCUAGUGGGCCGGAUGCACUAUUGGGCCUACUUGGGUCCAUACCGGAUAACGCAUUUCAAAAAACUCUUGCUGGGAAAGACUGGAAUGUGGGGCAUAGAGUUGCUUCGGUGGUUGUUGGUGGUGUAAAGCUUGCUGGUGUUGGAUUUGUUUCAAGUAUUGGAGCUGUUGCUGCUUCAAAUGUGUUGUACACUGUACGCAAGUUUCUAAAUCCACAACUUUUGAAUGAUCAACAGACUAAAAGAUCACCUAUUCUGAAAACCGCAGUUGUUUACAGUGGGUUUCUUGGGACAUCGGCUAAUCUCCGGUAUCAGAUUAUUGCUGGAUUGGUGGAGCAUCGAAUCUCGGAUAUGUUUGCUGACCAAACUUUAUUUGUAAAUUUGUUAUCUUUUGUGUCACGGACGAUUAAUUCCUACUGGGGAACUCAGCAAUGGAUAGAUCUUGCGAGGUUUACAGGACUACAGGCUCAAAAGAGUGAAACAUCCUUAUUAAGCCAAAGCCAAACAACAGAAUCUGCAAAUCCUGCGGAAUUGAACCAAACAGUAGAAUGUGUGAAUCCUGCAGCAUUAGGUUGCAACACUACAGAGGAAGCUGGUAUUGAUGAGACCAAAAGUCAAUGAGAUUGAUGAGGGCAUAUUCUGUAAGGAAUGGCUUUUUGUUUUCCUUUUAAUGAUUAUGAUCGUUAAUGUAAGUUAAAAUAUGAAUUUGGGUAUAUUGGAUACAACACAAGGUGAAAGGUAGAUUAGAGGCUGAAAAUGGGCAUUUUUCUUGAACUUGUUUAGGUAUAUAAUCCUUGGCUUUGUAAAGGAACAAAUUUUGAUCGACUAACUGUUUAUAAAUUGGUUACUAG